GAUAGCAAGUUGUCAAAAGUGUUUAUAACCUAACUUUUUCGAUAUAUAAAAUAGGAUUUUAAAGUGUUUCUUCGCAAAUGGGGCGAAGAUAUUAUUGUGAUUAUUGUAACAAAACCUUUAUAGAUGAUUUGGAUGCGAGGAAGAAACAUUUAUCUAGUAGUCAUCACAUAAAGCUUAGAAAUCUUCAUUAUGAAAUGUACCGAGAUCCACAAACUGUGGUAGCUGAAGAAGCAGUUAAAUUACCUUGUCGAAGAUUUAUGCAAACUGGUAUUUGCCAAUUUGCUGGAAAUUGUAAAUAUACCCAUUAUACAGUUGAGGAAUUAUGGAAUAUUAAACAACAAGUUGAACAUGAAAUACAAGAGAAAAGAUCGGCCAAAAUGAUGGUAACGGAAGUUCCUCCACUCGAAACGUGGUUAGACAAGUUUUAUAAGAAACACAAUCAAGCAAAAAACGCCGAGUCUAUUGAACUUUUCUGGUCGUAUCCGGAAGUUUUGGAAAGUCGAACAGAUUUACCUCCAUCGAUCAAAAAGUUUCAAAUUGAUCACUUUACAGAUGGUGAAUUUGAGGAAUGGGGUAGUUAAAUGUUUAUUCGAAAUUUUUUUUUCAAUUUCCAUUUAUUAAUUUUGUUAAAGGAUAGAAUAAAAUAAAUACAAUUUCUAAUUAAUUGUUUAUUAUUUUUACGAUAUCGUUUGAACAAAGCAGGAAAAACACUAAAAUCAGUACAAAUACACACCUUAAAA